AUGAAGGUUAAGGAUCAGACCUCCUUCACAAACACAGUUCAAACACAGUCAAACAGAGCCGUGAUCAAGCAAUUUAACUUACCGAACAAACUUCAGCCUAUUCCCAACAAUCUAAGUUUCCCGGCUGAACAGCUUGCCGUUCAAUUUUUCUUCUCCAUUUUCCACAGCCCGGAUGAUGCUCGUGUGCGGACACCAUACCUGGAUUUCUUCCCUUCUGCAUUUCGAAAUUCAAGUCCAGACUCUGUCAUUUAUCUUUCCACCCUUUCUGUUGCGUGUUCCGCUGUCGGCUCACUAUGUGGCUUAACAAGAGAGAAGCGGCUAGGGGACAUGUACUUCUACAAAGCCAUCUCGGCAGUGAGGAGGGCUCUUGAAAAUGAGGCAACAAGAGAGAAUGACGAAACACUUAUGGGUAUAUUACUGUUGAGGAUAUACGAUGUUCUACAAGCUGUUAAGCAAUCAAAACAGGUGGUUUCAAUACAUUCACGUGGUGCUGCAGCGUUAGUACGACUCCGUAGCCAGAAGAGAGCUAUGAAUAGGCUAUCUAUCGAUUUAACGAAUUCAGCUCGGCUUGAGCUUAUGGCAAUGUCCGUAUGGAAUGGGGAGCGAGCGGCCGACAUUGUGAAUGAGGAGUCGCUGCUUCCUUCAGACUACCAUCCCUUGACUCGGUUGGUCUUCCUAGGUGCUAGGGCACUGGCUUUACAGAACCGAUUUAAUAGACUUCGCCUUUCCACCACUAAAAGUGAUAUAUUUCUCCAGCUCCUACAACAAGCAAUCGCAGUCGACAGCGAUAUCCAGAGCUGGCUUAUAUCAUUAUCCGAUAUAUGCUUCCCGGGCAAGGCAAGCUCGUCUCCCAACAGCGGCGAACCGAUAUUUUUGGGCGAGGGCCCAGAUGCCCUUACUAAAAAGGAGUCCUUUAUCCAUAUACUGAAUCGUUACCGCACAUCACGGCUGAUGGCACAGUACGUGAUUUCAGGUUGUGUAUCUCAACUUGACCAACCAGAGCUACAUGUACAACUUGAGCGAUCAAGAGCGAUUAUUCAGGAUCUUGCUGAUGGCAUUUGCGCCACUCUUCAGCUCUAUCAGUUGGACAAUUACGAGACUUCGCUACAUUCGGCCGUAUCUCUUCAUUCUCCAGACCGUGUUCUUCAGUUUCGACUGAGGAUGGCGACAAGAACGUGGACGCUCUUGCCGUACCUUACUUUCAUUGCCACCCAAGGGUUUAUCUUGCGCGAAGGCCAGGUCGAAUGGAUUCAGAACAAGAUAGCUCAAAUCCACUCUUUCUAUCAAGAAUGUGAGUCAACUCCAAUUACUCGAGGCACAGCUUGA